AGUUAAUAUUGAAUUAUGAGACCUAUACAAAGGAGACAACAUGGUUUGCAAUAUGGCAUUUAUUUGCUAUAUAUGCAAGCUUUAAAUUUUGGUAUCGAUAAAAUUCCACCAGCUACUUUAUUUACGAUCAUUGCACAAGUUUUACUUUACAUUGGCUUCAUAAAAGUUCCAUGGAAUGCAGAAGAAGUAUGUAUAUCAGCAAUAAAAAUAUUUAAAUAUCAUGAUUGGAAUUCUUUUAUAAUAUCAAAUUUUGAACAUGGUUCAGACAUGCAUUUGUACUAUAAUAUGGUAUCUUUAAUCUUGAAAGGUUCAUAUUUAGAACCUAUGUAUAAAACAAUGAAUUUUGUUAUUUUAUUAACUAUUCUUUCAUUUGGAUGUAGUACUAUGUAUAUAGGAUUAAGUUAUGUUUUAAUGCAAUUAACAGGAGAUUAUGGAUAUUAUGUACAAUGUGCUAUUGGAUUCUCUGCUAUUUUAUUUGCAUUAAAAGUAAUUGUAAUUUGUGAAGAAUAUGAUAGGAUUCAUGAUGUUGGAGGACUUAGAGUUCCUAGUAAAAUUGCUGUUUGGGUUGAAUUGAUUUUAAUUCAUCUUUUAGUUCCACAAUCUUCAUUUAUAGGACAUCUUGGGGGUAUUUUGAUUGGUUGUUUAUAUUGUUAUACUUUUAUUGGUGAAAUGAUUGAUAAUAUAAUAUAUAUUAUAACCAGUAUUCCUAUUAUACAUGAAGAACAAUUUUAUAGACGACGUAAUUCAUUAUUUAGAUAAAUUUUGAAUUAAAACAAUAAAUUGAAAAGUUUUAACUCUUCAGAUGCGGAUUCUAAAAUGUUUCAAAUGAUUUUUAUUUUAUUUCAUUUUACAAUUAUCAUGAUAUAUCUAGUUUUUAGGAUAUCUUAGCUUUCAGAAAUUAAAAUUCAAAUCUAAAAAUUUUUCAUUUUUAAAAUGUUUUUCUUUUACAUAAAAGUAAUUAACAUAUGUAAUGAAUUAAAAUAUUUAAUUUAAAAAUAUUUUAUACAAAAAAUUAAGAAAAUUAUUCGCGACUGAAAAGUUAAUAGAUAUUGUUAUAAAAAUUUUAUUAAAAAAUUUUAAAAUCUGUAAAUUUAUAGAAUUUAAAAAAAUUCUAUAAAUAUUUACAUACAUUUUUAAAUACUUAUGUAUAUUAAAAUGGUAUUAUUAUAUAAUUUUGCUUUUUAAUUACUUAUCUAUUCACAUUUUCUAAAAUAUAUAAUUAAGACAAUUAAAAUUAUUUACAAAUUAUAUACAUAUUUAUAUAUAUAUAAAAGAACUAUAAAGAUAUUUUCAAAAUUAUUUUAUAUUGUAAAUAAUAUUUAUUAUAAUGUAUAAAAUAAAUUAAUUUUUUAUUAA